GGAUCCGCCCCUGCCUGAUUCCAUAUCUUAAACAUUGCCCGACCACAUGAUCUGGUUGAUAUUUCUCUGUCGAUUAGCAGGCAACAAGUGAGGAGCAGCUUUGUAGCCUGCAGGAAAAAGGGGGAGAUAAACGUUGAUCCUGACAUUCAAAAACUACAGACGGUAAGUAAGUCUGGAAGCUUUAAUGGUUUUUCCAUCUUUGAAGGCUAUGGAAGACAAAUCAACCAACAAAUACAUUUUUUGUGAAUACUGAAACUGCACAGUUUCUCUGCUUUUUUUUAGGCUGAAGCUCAGCCUCUGAGAGAGAAUUGACUUACAUUUAUGUAGGUGGACAUACAAAGCAAAAACAUUCAUAUUUAAUGUGACGAAUUAAACUACAAUGGAUACUGACAGCAAAUUUUGCAUUGACAUGUGACACUGAAUAACUCCAUAAAUAAUGUUAAUACAUCUCUGAAAUAAUUAUAUCUCUUCAAAAGUAAAAUGUGUAGGGUGAAGCCAUCUACACAUUGGAUUAUUACAUUUAUACAAAGUAAAAGGUUUUGCAUGUGUUAUUUUUUUUUUUUUUAAGUUACCCCAAUCAAUAUAUGUAUUAUAACAGUAGCAAUAACAUUACAUGAAAUUAAAUCUUGAUUAACAUAGUUUUGUUUAGCAUAUUUUAAGAUCUGUCUCAGUAACCCAGCAUAUGGGCAAAUCAUUCAAAUGACCUAUGGAGUAAAGAUAAUAUCAACCAACAUCUUAAAUUGAGCACAUUAAUUACACUUGGACAUAAAGUAAGUUAACAACAUAUUUUGUCGAUGGUAUAUUUUCUUAAAGUUAAUGGCAUUACAAUUCAUACAAGGUAUUUAAAAAGUACCUCCCUAUCAGAUUAAUUUAUGUUAGAUAGUCAGAGUUGUUUUGAUUUAUGUAUAAGUAUUACAUUUUGGAAUAUACUUUGAAUAUGCCUAUAUAUUCCCUUCCUAAUAUUAGACUGAAAAUCCUACACACACAGGGUGAAAAUACACUAUGUUCAUCCUAACAAAAAUGUGGUUAGUUAUUGUAUUUGCAAACAAGCUGCCAGUAUUCAAUGAAUUUCCAUACAUUCCCUGUAACGGUUAACCUCACAGUCUUGUUGUAAAUUUCAUUAUAACUAGGUAUUACGAUUUCAUAUAUGUAUAAUUUUUUUAAAUAAACUAUACUGGGGACAUUAAGAGGAAUUCAUACAGCUUUUACAUUUACAUUUUACAUUUUAGUCAUUUAGCAGACGCUCUUAUCCAGAGCGACUUACAGUUAGUGAGUCGCUCUGGAUAAGUAUAUAUAUAUAUAUAUAUAUUUUAUCAUUAAAUAAUUUAUUCUAACUUUACAAGUAUUUAGAGACACUUCAAGGGGUGGUUUCCCGGACACAGAUUACAGAUUCUUCAUUGAGUUGGAUUUUUAGUCCAUGACUGGGCUUAAUCUGUGUCCGGGAAACCGCCUCUAGAUGUCUGUUUGAUGACUAUUAUUGAGACUACUUCCUUGCGUACAGUUUCCAACUCAUUUUAUAAACAAGAAGCAGUUCUGCUUGACUAGGCAGAGGCUCCCACAGAAAGCUUCAUCCAAUCUGAAAGAAACCGUACAGUGAAGUUAUGCUGAGGACAUGCUGUACAGUCAAAACAAUCAAGGACCUGAGAUUGUAUUCAAAAUGUUCCCAUUGUAGCACCAUUGUACAAUUACAGAGUUGGUCUAGAUAUCUAUCUUUAAUCAUCAAUGUAAGGCUUUAUAUAAGAAGUGGAUAUGUGCUGAGUGGAAUAAUAGCAAGUAAACUUUGUCGAUUUGACCAUGACAUUAGUUUCUAGGCUAUAUUCUUAUAAUUUAUUUAAUUCCAUUUUUUAAAAUACAUUCUUGUACUGGAUAUUAUUAGAUGUUUUUGUGAAUCUUAUUGCAUUUUUUUGCUGUGCAUGUGCUAGGGUAGUCAAUUUUGUGCCAAGUAUAGUUAAUUUGCUAUACAAUAACAAUCUUGAACUGCUGUGUAAAUUAUGUGACAUUCAAAUUCCAUGUAUGUUAUGAAUAUGUAUACAACCACAAUACAACCACAAUGGGCUCUUAUAGUCUUCUAACACUCUGUCCUCACUACAGUCCUCAGGCCUACCUUGCUGACAGAAAAGCACUGUGAUGAAUUCCCUGUUUCUCCUGAGCUGUCUAAGCUCCACCUGGUUUCUUAUAGUGUACUCACACAUGAUACUGGAGGACAAGCUAUACACCAAUACGUCUUCUUCCUCGAGUCUACGGCAUGGGAGCCUGUCAGAUGUUCCACCCAUCGUCAUUGUAGGUCAGUUAAUCCUUAGGUUUGGCAUAUAAUCAGUAUUUGAAAAUAAAAAAAGGGCUGCUAGAUGUUUUCUAGAAAAACGAUCACUGCAUUUCUUGAUAUGUGCUGCUAUCUUGUGCCAUUUUGUUGUUGUUAUUGCAGGACAUAUUAUUGUAAAAUGUGGAUACAUUUUGCUCAGGUAUAUUUAAGUAUUCCAAGGUUGACUUCAAAACCGACAGUAUGACUAUAACACCAAUCUUGAUAAGCUACUACAUUAUAUACCUUAUAUAAAUAUAUGUAAUAGACAUAUAUUUAUAUGCCUUAAAUACAUGGAAAAUAUGUUUAUUUUUCAGAGUUACCCAAAACCGUAAAGAAGAAAAAAACCAAGAAACCAAGAAAGGUAAACUAUGCUGUGAAAAUAAGUGUCCAACCUAUUCAUGUUUGUAUCAUACUGUUAAGUUGGUGGAAAUAUUUAAAGUCUAAAAUACACAUAGCCAAUAGUGUAAAAAGCCUUAUUGAGACAUUGAUUGAAAAAACAUUUCAGCGCAUAUGCAGGCACCAUGAUGAAAAGUACGAGAGUGAAGUGGUAAACACUUUUAUUAACAUGGGGGUACUAGGGUACAUUAAUUAACAUGAGUAAAUACAGCAGUUAACAUGAAUGAAUAUGACAUUAAUUAAUGCAUUUACAAAGCAAUUUGUAUUCUUAUAUUGACUAGACUAUUACUAAAGACACAUUCAUGAUCACAUAUAUAAAGAGGUGAAAAUGGCUUGAUGUUAUCUAAAUAUUAGUUGAGUCACUUGGCAACUUUUCCCCCUUUACUAAGGAGGGCCCUAUUGUAAAGUAGACAUUAGUAAUGCUUUAUAAAGUGUUGUAUGUCAUUCAUAAUUCAUUAACUAUAUCAUUUAUUAAUGUUAAUUGAUGUACCCUUAGUGUGCAGGCAAGGCUAAAUCAUCAACCUUCUUCCGCAGAACAAAUUCAGCGUCAAAAUCAAACGUCCACCUCCUCCCCCCAACUGCGUGCCAUUGUGGGGAAGCUGCAAAACCCCCAAUAAUGUGUGCUGUGAGUACUGCGCUUUCUGCCACUGCCGCCUCUUCAAGACUGUGUGCUAUUGUCGAAUGGGAAACCCGCGGUGUUGAAGACAUAAAAGAGGAUAUUAGCAUAUUCACAAGGAGAGAAGAUGUCAUUUUGAAGUCACUUUUAUUAUAAAUAAGAAUAGAAUAUGUUUCUGAACACGUUUAUAUUCAUGUAGAUGCUACCAUGAUUAUGGAUAAUCAUGAAUGAAUCGUGAAUAAUGAGGAGUGUGAAAGUUUCAGAGGCAUAAAUAUCAUAACCCCCCCCAAAAAUGCUAACCUCUGUUAUUGGUACUAGAGAGAGGUUAGCAUGUUUUGGGUAUAUGAUCUUUUGUGCCUCUGUUACUUACUCACUCAUCGUUGAUCACGAUUCACUCAUGAUUAUCCGUAAUCAUGGUAGCAUUCACAAUAAUGUAGAAGCAUUCAGAAAAAUAUUAUAUUAUUAUUUACAAUAAAAGUGACUCCACAAUGACACAUUACAUUAUUUACCAUUCAUUUCUAUUGGGCACAACAUAAUCCAAAACACAACCAAAACAAACUGCAAAUGCAUCCAACAAGUUUGUAGAGUCACAAGCUUGAUGUAGUCAUUGUGUGUUAGGAAUAUGGGACUAAAUACUAAACUUUUGACUACUUUAAUACACUAUAAGUGAAUUUGUCCAAAUACUUAUGACACCUUCAAAUGGGGGGAAUAGACGAAGAAACUGCUUUCAUUUCUAAAUGGUAAAACUGAUACACUACCAGUCAAAAGUUUGGAGAGAAUGCCAAGAGUGUGCAAAGCUGUCAUCAAGGCAAAGGGUGGCUAUUUUGAAGAAUCUCAAAUAAAAAAUAUAUUUUGAUUUGUUUAACACUUUUUGGGUUACUACAUGAUUCCAUAUGUGUUAUUUCAUAGUUUUGAUGUCUUCACUAUUAUUCUACAAUGUAGGAAAUAGUAAAAAUAAAGGAAAACCCUGGAAUCAGUAGGUGUGUCCAAACUUUUGACUGGUACUCUAUGUAUGCUCAAAUAAAAGGUGAUAUUCUGCACUGUCGCGUCAUAUGAAACAUUUGAUCUCAAAUCCAAAAUGCUGGAGUAUAGAGCCAAAUUAAAAGAUUUAGCUUCACUGUCCAAAUAAAUACGUAUGGGGAGUGUAUGUACAUGAAGCAGCGCAUGGGUCUUUCCACGAAAUGAGUGCUUUUUGCCUUUCAUAUUGUAAGUAGAAAUUGUGCACAAAUAUUGCUUUUUAAAAACCUGUUAUAUUAAAUGAUGUGCCGUUUCAUACUGAACACAUGGAAAAUUCAAUAAAUCCGAUUCUUUAAAUGAAUAAAGACUUGCUAAAGUGCCAAAAAGUCAUCUGAUAUGUCCCUCUGUGCAUCCUCUGUGACUUCUAGGAAGAUUUUAACCCACUCAACGCCAUUUUCUCCAAGUUUUCACCAUCAUUGUAAAGCCUUAGUUAUUUUUGUCGCCUUGACAAAGUCAUUUCUGAAGAUUGUUAUUUAUUUCAUGUUAUUAAUUAUUCAUUUAAGGAGGAAAAAAAACUAUCCCUCAAUUUAAGGUCAACCCUGUUAGGUGAACCAAACUCUCGUUUUAAUAUGGUGAAACUAUUCCUUUUUUUUUUUUUUAUUCUAAAGAGACAUUAACCAUCUAAUAUUCAAAUCAUAGUGUGAAAGCAGGUGAGCUGGUUCGACUCUUUCUGGCCAUUUUCUGGUGUUUUGUGGUGGAAAACCGAGCGGGUCGAGCAUAACACAUCAACUCUGUUACCCAUAGAUCAAAUCAAAUCAAAUUGUAUUUGUCACAUGCACCGAAUACAACAGGUGUAGACCUUACUGUGAAAUGCUUACUUACAAGCCCUUAACCCACAAUGCAGUUUAAAGAAAAUAGAGUUAAGAAAAUAUUUACUAAAUAAACUAGAGUAAAAAAUAACACAAUAACAAUAAUGAGGCUAUAUACAGGGGGCACCGGUACGGAGUCAAUGUGCGGGGGUACAGGUUAGUCGAGGUAAUUUGUACAUGUAGGUAGGGGUAAAGAUAGACAGGCUAGAAAUCUCCCGAGUGGCGCAGUGGUCUAAGGCACUGCAUCGCAGUGCUAGCUGUGCCACUAGAGAUCCUGGUUUGAAUCCAGGCUCUGUCGUAGCCGGCCGCGACCGGGAGACCCAUGGGGCGGCGCAGAAUUGGCCCAGCGUCGUCCAGGGUAGGGGAGGGAAUGGCCGGCAGGGAUGUAGCUCAGUUGGUAGAGCAUGGCGUUUGCAACGCCAGGGUUGUGGGUUCAAUUCCCACAGGGGGCCAGUAUGAAAAAAAAAAAAUAUUGUAUGCACUCACUAACUGUAAGUCGCUCUGGAUAAGAGCGUCUGCUAAAUGACUAAAAUGUAAUGUAAAUGUAAAUGUUUUAACUAUUUCAAUAUUUUUUAAAAGCUUGCAUUGAAUUGCCCCACCUUGUAGCACACAACAAGCUUCCAUUCCCCCUGUCACAAGGGGAUUUAUGUUUGAUUUAAGAUUAAGUCGUCAACCCUGUUACGGUCAACCAUGUUACGAUCAACCCUGUUACUUUAUUUGGCACUUACGAUGGUCAUUUUUUUAUUUAACCUCUUGAGAUGGGAAUUUAUUUUUAUUAAGUUGAGCAUAUCCUCUUUGUGAAAGAAUGUUAAAAUUAGGUGAAAUAAAAUGUUGUUUUUUCACCAAGUUACACUACUCAAAAGGCACCUAAUUGGUGGAACGACCCACAUCAUGCCAGUGCUGUAAAAGUGGCAGUGUGUAGGAUUUACUGUCUUGAGUAGUUUUCCAGUCCAGGGGCCCAAUUGUCUGGCUCUUUGAUAAAAACGUGGCAAGAACUUGAAAAGAGGCACAAAUUGUGUUCCCCUACCUGGUUUUCAUAGAUUGAUGCUGCUAGUGUUCACAAGCUCAGAAUGAUCAGCAGUUUAGUGUUGCAUGCAUCUGAUGGUUUUACCUACAGCACAAACAAUGAAACUAUCACUGGAGAACUACAAAUGUUUUAUAGCUGUAUAUUAAUAUGGCAUGUGAUUUACAGAAAGACAAACUGCCAAAGGCACUCCAGGAGCCAAAAUGUCAGAUUUCUUUUUAAAAAACUGUACAGUAUUUACAGCGAGGUAUUUUCUGGAGGCCAACAGUAUUUCAUUUUCCAUGGCAAAAUUGCUUGUAUUAACACAAUUAUUUUAUUGAUGUUACGAAAAAUCUAUUUGUAUUUUUGGUAACUUUAUGUAUGUUAAUUGUAGCCAUCUUCACAUUUAAACACAUUUGAACUGCUGCACUUGUCAAGAUCAUGGCUGUGAAUUGUCACCCUGCAGCAGUACUGGACGCCUGGUUUCUAUUGCAUUUGUGUUGCGCCCACUAAGUCCACACGCUACAACAAUCUUGCACUUCUCAUCAGUUCAUCAUGUUUGUUUGAUAUUGUUCUGGAUGUCACCUCAGAUGAAUUGUAUAAGGACAAUUGCAGAACACUUGCUUGCUUCUUUGACCCUGCAAAGUCUCAGUUACCAAAGGCACAUUUAUGUAAAGCCUCUUUAAGGUAUCGGCAUGGGCCCCUGACUUUGGGGUGACCUCCCCCAGAUUUAUUUUUGCAUUUUUAAAACAAUUUUCAUGCAAUUCUACACUGUUUCUUAACAGGGGGAAUCCAUAUUUAUGAACAGAACAUCUAUUUUUUGGGCUUUGCCACAAUAAAUGAUAUUGAAAAAGUGUUUUAAUUACAUUAUUAAUCUACUCCCUUCCCUGAUAAUCCCACCCCCAAUAAUUCAUUGACAUGUCUGAAACCCUACCAACCCUGUGACUGACAAACAUCCCACCCCCUUCCCUGACAAUCCCACUCACAGUGAUCGAUUGAUAGCCCAAACUGUGAAGAAUGUGUCCAGGAUAACGCAUGAAAAUGAGAGGAAUAAUAUGAUUUUACUCAAUAAGGAUUUGAAUGUUGUACUUGGUAGGUUAAGAAAAAG